AUGGAUCCUCUUGAAGAGUCGCCCUGGGGCGAUUCGCAACCCACCUCCGAGCCCAGCUCCCAAGCGCCCUCCUCCCAGAACGAGCCGUCGACGACGACGUCGCAGGCCGAGGCCAAGUCGGACGCUCCCAGCUCGACCUCCGCACCCCGUCCGUCACGCUCCGGUCCCGUCCGCCGUCUAGUCGCCCAGCCCACCCGCCUCGAGGCCGUCGACGAUCCUCUCGGCCCCUUGGGCCCUCUCGGCGCUCCCGCCGCCGCCGACAAUGGCGCCGACGCGGGCCUGGACGCUCCGCCCGUCCCGCCGCAGAAGGAGCAGAUGGUGAUCCGCACCACGAUGCCGCAGCAGCAGGCCAGACGUUCCGGACCGGCCGACCCGCACCGCAUCGACGACGACGAGUACGACCGCCCCUCUGGCCCGAGACAGCCGCCGCCAGUGCAGGCCGCGCAUCCCAGUCCCGUGCGGACGCAUACCCAGCCCAGCGUGAGCGUGGAGCAGGCCAGCAAACCAACCUUCCAGAUUACAGUGGGCGACCCGCACAAGGUCGGCGACCUGACCAGCUCGCAUAUCGUCUACUCUGUGCGGACCAAGACGUCUUCCAAGGCUUACAAGCAGCCCGAGUUCGAGGUCAAGCGCAGAUACCGUGAUUUCCUGUGGCUCUACAACACGCUACACGGAAACAACCCCGGAGUUGUUGUGCCGCCUCCGCCGGAGAAGCAGGCCGUCGGUCGUUUCGAGAGUAACUUUGUCGAGGGACGUCGGGCUGCUCUUGAGAAGAUGCUGAACAAGACCGCCGCCCACCCGACACUGCAGCACGACGCAGACCUGAAGCUGUUCCUCGAGAGCGAGUCCUUCAAUGUGGACGUCAAGCACAAGGAGCGCCGAGAGCCACUUCCCACCGAGAGCAAGGGCGUUCUUGGAAGCUUGGGCAUCAGUGUUGGCAGCAGCAGCAAGUUCGUCGAGCAGGAUGAUUGGUUCCACGACCGCAAGGUGUACCUCGACGCACUCGAGAACCAGUUGAAGGCGCUGCUCAAGGCUAUGGAGACAAUGGUUGGCCAGCGAAAGAUGAUGGCGGAGGCUGCCGGAGACUUUUCUGCGUCCCUGCACGCCCUCUCCACCGUCGAGCUUUCGCCAUCUCUGUCCGGCCCCUUGGAUGCCCUGUCAGAGCUCCAGCUGACCAUCCGCGACGUCUACGACCGCCAAGCGCAGCAGGAUGUUUUAACCUUUGGUAUCAUCAUUGAGGAGUACAUCCGUCUCAUUGGUUCCGUUAAGCAGGCCUUCGGCCAGAGACAAAAGGCGUUCUACGCGUGGCACUCGGCCGAGUCUGAGAUGCAGAAGAAGAAGAACACCCAGGACAAGCUGCUGCGGCAGGGCAAGAGCCAGCAGGACAGGCUGAACCAGGUCAGCGCCGAGGUGGCUGACGCGGAGAGGAAGGUCCACCAGGCCAGGCUCCUGUUUGAGGAUAUGGGUCGUCUGAUGAGGGCGGAGUUGGACCGCUUCGAGAGGGAGAAGGUGGAGGAUUUCAAGAGUGGAGUUGAGACGUUCUUGGAGAGCGCGGUCGAGGCACAAAAAGAGUUGAUUGAAAAGUGGGAGACGUUCCUGAUGCAGCUGGACGCCGAGGACGACGAGACGGUCUUUUACCGGCCGCCGGUCAUCCAGUCCUCGGGCAAGCCGCCCGGCAACACGGCUAUUGAUAGGGCUCGUGCGACUAUCAACGACGACUCCGACUAG